UCAAUCUGUCAAAAUCUUUGAACCAGCUUUUUUUUUUUUUUUCUCUUGUUCUUCUGUGUUUUUAAUCGCUGACCUUUCCCUUCAUCCACGAUGGCAUCUGCUGACUCCAAGUCUGACGCAUCGUCGUCGCUGCCAAAGCUCGAAUCCAAGCUCGUCAUCAAUCCCGCAACCGAACUCGUCUUCAAUGGCUCCAAAGAUCACACUGUCACUAGCAUGCUCGCGCUGUCCAACCCGCUGAACGAGCCCAUCCACUUCAAAAUCAAGACCACCAACCCCAAGCGCUACUCGGUCCGUCCCAACGCUGGCGUUGUCCCGCCUCAGUCCACUGUGGAAGUUGCUGUGUCACUCCAAGCCCUGAAGGAGCCCAUCGAAGAAAAGUUCAAGGACAAGUUCCAAGUGCAAAGCAUUGUUGGCAAUUCUGGCGGCGACACUAUGUGGGAAAAGAAAGAGCUGAUUGCCGAAAACCGACUCAAAGUUUCGCUGACCGCCCCAUCAGCCGCCGGUCAGACCUCUUCUACGCCCGCCGCAGCAGAGCACGUAUCCACCGCGAGCCCGAGCAGCGUCGCACACGCGCCAGUUUCAGCAGCGGCCUCCCAACAAGCUGCUCCUGCCGCCACAGCAGUUGCGCCUCGACGAGUCGCUCCAGCUGCCACAUCUCCCGCACAGCCCGCUUCAGCCGUUUCUGCGCCUGCGGUUGUCGCCCCUGCCGUUGCUGCACCUGCUGCAACGAUUGUGCAGCCUGCUCGCCCCGCUCCGACUGUUGCUUCCGACGACAGUGCUCAACGCGAAAUCGCAACCCUUAAGUCCGCUUUGGCAGCCGUUCAUGCCGAUCUUUCCGAGGCAAAACGAGCAGCCUCAGCUCAGUCAGGCUCGCUCAAGCAAAAGUCUGCACAACCGCAACAACUGCCGCUGCUAGUCGCCUUGGUGUUGGGCCUGCUUCUUGGAAUCAUUGUUGCGCGCAUGUUCAAGUGAGCGGUUUUUUUUCUUUCUUUUUUUGAUAUUUCGGUCGUUGGUGUGUCCUGUUUAAGUCCUUUUUUGUGUGUGCGUUCCUUCCUUUUCCAUUGUCGGGAUUUGCGAGAAACUCGUGAGACACAGUGCCUACCCCUCCACCUCCCCAUCCUUGCUACGAACCCUCCCGCCCCUUACAUAUUGCGUUUGUGAUUUAAUUUUUCCCUUUUGAAAUUAAAAAACCAAUCGAAAAACAA